GUCCAUUUGAGUUCAGCUUUCGGUUGCGCGGAGCCAAACCUGCCAUGGAGUGGACGCCAGGCGACCCAUGAAGCGAGCUGCGGAUGGGCAAGCCGUGACCGAUGACAAGCGAAAGGUGGUCAUCCAGGGCUUCGACAAGAAGUCCGGGCUUGGGCAGUCCCUCGCUGAGGCGUUGGAGCGGGGGAUGCUGAAGGUCGCCUGCCCGAAGGGCGAGUCCUUGAACGGCGAGCAGUACAAGGCCUACAAGUACCAGUACAAGCGUCUUUGCACCCACCUCCGUCGCAACGGCUCCUUGGCGGAGAAGCUGCGGAGUGGGGAGCUGGACCCCGAGCAGGUGGCCUCCCUCCAGGACGAGGCCCUCAUGGCAGAGAGUCAGAAGAGUGAGCUUCAGCAGUUCCGCCAGGAAAGCCUCCAAGAGGCUUUGGGCAUCACUGCAGAAGACUCCGCGCACUGGACGCCCUCGGACCAAUUUGCGUGCCCUCGCUGUGAGUGCAACAAAUGCGUGUACAUCCAGUCCUUUAAAGGCUUCCACAGUCAUGACGACAACAACCAGGAGCCGGUGAUUACCAUCCGCUGCACCUCCUGCAAGCACUUGUGGAAGGAGGACGAGGUGGAAGGAGGCCGUAUGGCCGCUGGCAGUUUCGAGGAUUGCAAUGGCGUGGUGAAGACCGAGAGGAGCGAAGCGCCGGCCAUCUGGGGUGGCGAGGAUCGAGCGGAGCCCUGGCUGCUGCCGGCCUCCUCCUAGCGAAGCCAACGCGAAGCCGUUUCGCGCGAACCCGACGCACGCGCGCGCGGAAAAAGGCGAAAAGGGGCGAGAUGGGCACAAAGGAUUGGCCAGCGUGAUAGUUGUCUUUUUCUUGGGAAGGAC